AUGACUCAAAUUACCAGAGAGAUCCUCGUAGACGUUUUAGAUACUAAACUUGAAGAGAAACUCAAACCAAUCUAUGUCCAGGGGGCCCUAAUUGAGGAAGUAAGCACAAUAUAAUAAAUGUUACUAUUUAUUUUUUUAUAUUCUAAAUGUAUCCCGUUAAAUUUGUUAAAAUCAGGUCAAAGAAAACCAUACAAGACUGAACUUUACCCCUAAUGACAGGGACAAUUUCAAAGUGCUUUGUGUGACCCCAAACAUCAAUGGUACUGUCAGAAAGAGGUAUGCAGCGGUUCACGUGUCCCUUCUUCAGGCAAGCGAAGACGAGCCUAUCUUUUUUAAUGACUUUUCACCAGAAGAUCGUCGAAGGAGGUAUGACUUUAUCUCAUCCCUAGUAACACCUUACAAGGCCAUAUUAUUCACCCAUACUGGUGGAGCAGGACAACAUUUUCACUUCUUGUGGAAGAUCUCAAAACAGAGUCAGAUCUGCUUAACGAGGCACACAAUAUCAUGAAGGGCAUGGAGAAGACACUCCCAGUGUACCACUCAAGAGCCAUGAAGCAAGAAUUUGUAAAGAGUUUUGGAAUGGCAACUGGUGGUAAGUCUGCAUUUCUCCGUGCAGCUUACCGAAGGUUGACUGGUGACACCAGUGCAGCCUCCACAACCAAAGAGGCAGACAUAGACCAGAGAGUGUCCAGAAUCCUAGAUGAAGAAGACCCAGAACUCAUUUGGGAUCUGCGUACCAACAAUGAUGGUCGUCCAGAAGAAUACAAGGAAUUCCUCCAGCACUGCCAGCUAUAUAUAAAUGCUUCUGUGGAAACAGCUGUUGAUGACAGAAGACAUGUUGUGGUUGGCAGUGAUGAUGUGGUUACUCACCUUGCAACCACUGUAAGUGUCUGAGAUCUACACGAGCAGGUCUCCAAUAAGUGUGCAGAAGGGACAGCCAUACCCAGUAUCCAGUGACUGCAAAUCCAGUUUUGGCCACAGCGACCCAGUGCCAAAACAGCAAGCUGCUAUACAGGCCGGCUUAAAAUCAAAUUCAUGAUUCAGGCUCGUCAGCUGAGAUCAAAUCAUGUUGAUGCACACUAUGCAUCUGCUCUAUUCAGAUAUCAGAAGGAAUUCAGUAUCGAGUUUCGUGAUCUUACUUUUACGUCUUUGGAUGACAAACAUACCAUGAAAGUAGGAGAGCCACAGUGUCCUGUUGCACCUGUUGAAAGUGGAAAGCAAGUGCUAGUUUCUAAAGACAAGAAACUUGCAGUGGCUGACCAUGAUUUCACAAGGCUCACUUUGACACCAGGCGGUGAUCGCACUACGACCGCAAUGCAUCAUGAGUAA